ACACUCUCUCUGUACUCAGUUCAAGUAUCAGCUUGCACCACUUCAGCAUCCCUCACAGUGCCUGUCCACCACUUCCAUCUCUUCGAUCAGAAUGAGGACCGCUCACUUCAUUGCUAUCGCUGUCUCGCUGCUUGCUGCAGCCACCUUCGUCGCAGCCACCGGAUACUCCUCCAGCCUCAUCAAUGACUGCGAUUUCGACGUCAAGGUCGACAUCGUCCUCAUCCCUGGCCUGCAGCUCGGGUCGCUGGGUCUCAUCACCGUCGUUGCGCACACCGUCCAGUCCGUGCUGUACACCAUAACGGGCCUCGUCUCCAGCCUGCUCGGCCUGACCUGGAAGAUCUCCGCUGUGAUCGACGGCGUCCUGUGCACCGUCAACGUGCUGGUGCCCGUCAAUGGGACGGUUCACAUCGUCCAGACGGCGGCUGGCACAGUCGCAGUCCUCGUCAACAAUGUGGUCAAGGGCUACCUUCUUCAAUAAUCUAUACGCGGAAGCCGAGGGUCAGAAGCAGGUCUGGUGAUUCUUGAUAUAGACGAAAUAAUACAGAUUUAUUGUUUUCAUCCAUUAUUGGACCUUUGUAUGGCCUGGCACGAAUCCAUACGAUGGAUACGCCAUUCUAUUGACAAUUGUACCUCAUCCUAUAUAUGAAUUUAAGCCCUUCGCGAGGGGAAUGUUUCCUUCCUU